UGAAGCAAGGAAUAUUGUCCAUCCCCAAACGAAGAACAACGCAGAAAAAGUGCGACGAAGAAAAUCAGGGAAAAAGGAUAGAUAAAUAAAUAAAAUGAGAAAGAGAGAGAGUGAAUCUAGAUAGAGAAAAUCCAAGAAUCAAAAUCGAUUUCGCACUUCUUUCUGCUCUCUCCCCCUCAAAUCAAAGUUCCCUUUUGUUGAAGAAUCAAGAUUUGUACUGUAAUCACCUCACCAUGUCAUCGUCAACUCCGCCGCCGUCGCACGACCACCACCCCUCCGGCGAGAAUCAGAAUCAAGUUCAGAAACCCCAAUCAGAGAUCAAAAAGCCGACCUUUAUCCCACCCCACCCCCAAAAACCCACAUGGGUCCUCCCCUACCGAACCCCUUCUCUCAAAAGCCUUUACGCCAUAGGUAAGAAGCUCGGACAAGGUCAAUUCGGGAUUACUUUUCUCUGCACCGAGAAAUCCAGCGGCAUUCCUUACGCCUGCAAAUCUAUACCCAAGAAGAAACUGAUCUGCAAGGAGGAUUACGAGGAUGUGUGGAGGGAGAUUCAGAUAAUGCACCAUUUGUCUGAGCAUCCUAAUGUGGUAAGAAUAAAAGGGACUUAUGAGGAUGCUUUGUUUGUUCACAUAGUCAUGGAGUUAUGCGCCGGCGGGGAGCUUUUUGAUCGGAUUGUUCAGAAGGGUCAUUACAGUGAAAAAGAAGCUGCUAAGCUGAUCAAGACCAUUGUUGGUGUGGUGGAAGCUUGUCAUUCUUUGGGGGUUAUGCAUAGGGAUUUGAAGCCUGAGAAUUUCUUGUUUAUUGGUAAUGAUGAAGAUGCUGCUCUCAAGACUAUUGAUUUUGGGCUCUCUGUGUUCUACAAGCCAGAUGAAACUUUUUGUGACGUUGUCGGAAGUCCUUAUUAUGUUGCACCGGAGGUGCUGCGCAAGCAUUAUGGGCACGAGUCAGACGUAUGGAGUGCAGGAGUCAUAUUAUACAUUUUACUUAGCGGCGUUCCGCCUUUCUGGGCCGAAACUGAGAUGGGAAUUUUCCGUCAGAUAUUAAGAGGAAAGUUGGAUUUUGAAUCUGAACCGUGGCCUGGGAUUUCAGACGGUGCCAAGGAUUUGAUCCGAAAGAUGCUCGACAGAAAUCCAAAGACAAGAGUUACUGCUCACGAAGUUCUUUGUCAUCCAUGGAUUGUCGACGACACAAUGACCCCUGACAAGCCUCUCGAUUCUGCUGUUUUAUCGCGGCUCAAACACUUCUCUGCAAUGAACAAACUCAAAAAGAUGGCUUUACGUGUCAUUGCGGAGGGAUUAUCCGAAGAGGAAAUCGGCGGUUUGAAAGAGUUGUUCAAAAUGAUCGACACGGACAACAGUGGAACCAUCACAUUCGAUGAACUCAAAGAGGGUUUAAGGCGAGUAGGCUCGGAGCUGAUGGAGUCCGAAAUAAGAGAUCUGAUGGACGCUGCCGACAUAGACAACAGCGGAACGAUCGAUUAUGGCGAGUUUCUUGCAGCUACAGUGCACUUGAACAAGUUAGAAAGAGAGGAGAAUCUCGUCUCGGCAUUCUCGUUCUUCGAUAAAGACGGCAGCGGUUAUAUAACCAUCGACGAGCUUCAACAGGCCUGCAAGGAGUUCGGUCUUAGUGAGCUUAAUCUUGAUGAGAUGAUCAGAGAGAUCGAUCAAGAUAACGAUGGGCAGAUUGAUUACGGAGAAUUUGCUGCAAUGAUGAGGAAAGGGAAUGGAGGCGGAGCAAUCGGGAGGAGAACGAUGAGGAAAACUAUAAACUUAGGACAAGCCUUUGGGCUCGGGGCGAUUAAGGAAGGGGCGAUUAAGGAAGACGUCGAAUGAGUCGAAAAUGAACACUAUGAACACUAAUUGGAUCGAAACCUUCUAAUCAUCUAAUUUAUUUGAAGUUUGGUAAUUUUACUACAUCUCUGUUUUCUUGGAUCCUCGUUCUUUUUGAAUUUUCGAUCUUAUGGUUUUGGUCGGUUGUUGCAAGAAACAAAUCUGGUGGCGAGGAAGGGAGUCGAGUAGUCGGGUGUAAAGGUUAGGACAUACGGAAAUAGACCGAGGGAAUCGUACGUUGUGGGCGGCGUAAAAUAUGUAUAGAUGAUGGAUAUUGAUGAGUGCGAAAAUCAUUGGUUUUUCAA